AUUAUUAUUUAAUAGAGAUUGAAGAACACAGUCACAGUGUUACAGAUUACUUUUUUUCGUAGUAAAUCAAUCAAAUAAAUAAAAAUGAAGUUCCAAUAUAAGGAAGAACAUCCUUUCGAGAAGCGGAAGGCUGAAGGAGAUAAAAUUCGUCGUAAAUAUCCGGAUCGUGUGCCAGUCAUAGUUGAGAAAGCCCCAAAGGCCCGAAUUGGCGAUUUAGAUAAAAAGAAAUAUCUGGUACCAUCUGACCUUACAGUUGGUCAGUUCUAUUUCUUGAUCCGCAAGCGCAUUCAUCUAAGGCCAGAAGAUGCUUUGUUCUUUUUCGUGAAUAAUGUUAUUCCGCCGACUUCUGCUACAAUGGGAUCUCUUUAUCAGGAGCAUCACGAGGAAGAUUAUUUCUUAUAUAUUGCUUAUUCGGAUGAAAACGUCUACGGAUCCAAUUAAGACAAAUGGCUGAAACCAGUUAUUGAUUGCUGUGUAUAUGUAUUUUAUUUCUUCCUUAUGUUUCAGUAUAUUUUACUUUGCACUAUUGGGGUCAUUUACAUUUAUUCUAAUAUCAAGUUUGCACUUUAUCCCUAUAAAAUAAUGAUGAUAUUAAUAAAUAUAUACUAAAAACAACGCGCUUGGAGUG